AGCUGAUCUAAAAAUAGUGCAGGUCCUAGUAGAUAGACUGCUAACUAUUCUGAGUAGGCUACUUGCUUUCUCAGUCAACUUCAAAACAACCAUAAACGUCCAGGAGCAUAUUAUCCCCCUAGAAUCAACAAAGUACCAACAAGAUGGCCAUGUUACCAAAAAACCUUCCCAGACCAGAAGAGUGUCAAGGAGCACAGACUCUAUGGUAUGACAAGAAGAAAUAUGUGGCCAUCAACUUCAUGGUGCAAAACCCCAAGGAUGUUGAGGUUGAUAUUCAGGAUACCUAUAUAGUUUUAAGUUGCAAAGACGUUGAUGACAACAACAUGUACAAUCACAUUUACUUCUACGACAAAGUAAUGAAAUUCGACUCUCAAGUGAAAAUCUAUGAUCGCAGUAUCCACAUCUUGAUCAGGAAGGUUAAAGAAAAUGUAGCAUGGCCUCGCCUUCAGAAAGAUGCCAAUCUCAAGCCAAAUUGGAUGGCUGUAGACUUCGAAAACUGGAGAGACUGGGCGAACGAAGAGGAUGAGGGAAUGGCGGAGUACGAACAAUAUGUGGAAAUGAUUCAGGAUAUAGGGAGCAAGAAAGGAGCGCCACCUGCGAUGGAUGAUCUUGAUGAUCUGAGUGAUUGAACAUUUCUGAAGAGAGCCUUUCUCUGCAUUGGACGUGGUGGAUGUGGAUUGAGUCGUCAAAGCCAUGUCGAUGGACUUUGUGUAUUUCCUGAUGAUGGUUUGCUAUGAAUGUGAUGUGAAUGAAUGCUGUGUAUUGCUAAAUGUGUUUUCACUGGUGAUGUUUUCUGUGUAAUUUAUCAUGUUUUAUUGAAUGUGUUAUUUAUUAAAUCAACUGAAGCAGGGGCAUCAUGCAACCCAAAAAUCUGAGGGGUACAAAGACAAAGAACAGGAUGGCUGGGGGGUGGUGGCCAUAUGUUGGAGAAUUGUGCAUAUUUCAAACAUCUGAAAUAGAUUUUCCCUGCUAUCUAGAGCCAUAUUCAUUUUUCUUAAUUCUUUGUAAAAAAAAAAACAUGUCUAUUUUUUCCUGCAUAUCUAAGCUAAAAUCUGGGUAAAAGAUUGAAAGGAAUGAGAGUCUUAUUCAGUACAUUUACAGUUAUUGUUUAUUUUUAUAGUCGGGAACCUAUCUGGGCUAGCUAAAGCCAACUCUAUAAUAUUGCUUAGUGAUUACCUUUUACUGCAGUGGGCUAAAUCAGGGUCACACAGAGUAUUUCUGGGUAGUCUUAAACAAAUCUACUUUGAAAUAAAAGUAUACACCUCACACACGUGGUUAUGAGCUUAAAAAAUGAAGACACCUGUUCCAUGUCAGAUAUUGAGUUGACAUGUGUAAAAAUGUUAGUUUGCAUCCCAAUAUUGCACAUUAUAUACAUCACAGAAGACUGAAAUUUAACAAAAUGGUUUGACAUAGAAACACCAGAUUUUUGGUAUUAUUUUAAAAAAUUAAAAAGGUUUAGUAAUUAUGAAAUUCAAAAAAAUAUUAACAUUCCACCCAUGUGGCCACUAGAGGGCGCUUUGGUCAUUCAACUGCAGAAAAGGGUCGACAAACAGGGCAGAUCUAAGAGGGCACAUGCCCCUGGGCCCCCUAUGGGCAUGACGCCUCUGAACUGAAGUCUUUUUUAUACUUAACUGUUAUGUAAUAAUCUAGUAUAUUGAAGCUUGAAAUGUAACAGCCACAUCACACCCUAUAGGCCAAACAGUACAUGAAUUAAUUGACUUAAUCAAUUAAAUCUAUAUUUGAAAGGCAAACCUUUUGGAUAAAAGCUGUGCACUAUGAACUUUUGUAUACUGCUAACACUGCUUUUAUUAUAUUUUGCUCAAAACAACGUUUUUCUGUACAUAAGUUACAAAAUAAUUCUCUAAAGAGGGUGAAUUCUCAUUGCAGAAACAAUAAAUAUUGGGGCAGCACAUCAA